AUGGCUGCCUUCACUCUCACCUAUGCUCCCUCCUCCAUGUCCUUCGGCCGCAGCGGCUACAACAAGGACGGUGACGAUACCACCGACACCAAGCCCACCACCAACUCCGGCCGCUCUGGCUACAACGGCCCCGAGGCCAACUACGGCCGCUCCGGCUACAACAAGGACGGCGAUGACGAUGACUCCACCGGCAACAAGGGCCGCUCCGGCUACAACCGCACCGACGAUGAUGACGAGUGCGACAGUCGGCUUGGAGACAGCAUGGAUGGGGCGUUUCGGAAUCUUCCUUGA